GAGGAUGCACUCGACGUCAGACAUCGGAAUCGAGUGCAGAGCGACCUGCUUAUCAGAUCAAUGCUGCCUGUCGCGCAUUCUUGAGCUUGGUAGCUUAGCUGGCUAGCUGUUUCUGGGAUAGGGUAUUUGUUUUCUAAUUUCGCCGGGCGCUCAAAGUGGCUCGUCGCAGCUCAUUAUACGGUGGGAUUAUUUAUCGCCCAGCGCGCAGUGAAAUAAGCGAAAACAGCGAGAAUGUUGGUCCCAUGUGGAAGAUGAUGAAGAGGCGGUUGGGCGCUGUGCUACUGUGCCUGAUUGUAGUUUGUGUAUGUGGGUGCAGUGACGGUGAUGUCCCUUGUCCAGAAGAGGUCCCCCAUGUGCCGGGGCCAUCUCCGCAGGCCGGCGGCUCGCCGGUGGAGUCAUGGGACAGGCUGGAUGAUAAGGUGGACACAGCCCAGGGCGCGGAUGCGCGCUCAUCCUAUGAGGUGGGGCUGGCUACGGAGCGCCGUGCGGCCCUAGGGGAGGCGCUGUUGCAGGAUUCCUCACACAAGGACCAGGUUGUUGAUUCUGAGGAACCAGCCACAGACGACAAAACGGAACAAAUUCUGGACCCUGAGGGGAUCCCGGUGCUCGGACCCGAUGCUGCCCCAGAGGGGGCUCCUGCCUCUGCCGCCGACAUGGCUGAAGACCACUGGGAUGCCUCUGGGAGGCUGUCCUCGCAAGCCCUCCCUGCGACUCCCGCUAGCCUAUCAGAGGGUCCCCCUGGUGAUGCUCUGGCGGCUGGCCUGUCUGACUCCGAGCAGCCAGCCUCGGACUGCGAGCCGGGGGAGCCGCCUCUGUUUGAUGACGGGCUGCCCAGCCUUCCCGUGGGUCACACGGAGAAUGCCUCUAGUGGCCACAGGAUGGUGAGGCAGACUAAAGCCGACGUGGGUGGCUUGCUGGGGCCUGCGGACGAGCAAGCGACAGGGCUGGACCUCAGUGAGAACACGUCCCAUAUAAUGAGGGACCAGGCCGUCGACACUCCCAGUGGCAAGGAGGACCCAUCCAUCCCUGGCAAAGACCAUGGUGACAUCCCCACCUUUGAUGAGUGGAAGAAGAAGAUGAUGGAGAAGGAGAAAAGCCAGUCUGCCCACUCAUCAUCCUCCAAUGGCAGCCCUGUCGUCAUGAAGAAGGUGCAGAACUUUAAUAACUAUGCAUCGGUGGAAUGUGGAGCCAAAGUCCUGGCAGCGAACACUGAGGCCAAGAGCACCUCAGCGAUUCUCAUGGAGAACAUGGACCUCUACAUGCUCAACCCCUGCAGCAACAAGAUCUGGUUUGUCAUAGAGCUGUGCGAACCCAUCCAGGUGAAGCAGCUGGACAUCGCCAACUUUGAGCUGUUCUCUUCCACGCCCAAGGACUUCCUGGUGUCCAUCAGCGACCGGUAUCCGACCAACAAGUGGAUGAAGCUGGGCACCUUCCACGCCCAGGACAAACGCACGGUGCAGAGCUUCCCGCUGGACGAGCAGCUCUACGCCAAAUACGUCAAGACGUUCAUCAAGUACAUCAAGGUGGAACUGCUGUCCCAUUUUGGGUCUGAACAUUUCUGCCCCCUCAGCCUGAUCAGGGUGUUUGGGACCAGCAUGGUAGAGGAAUACGAGGAGAUCUCCGAGUUGCAGUUCCCCUCCGACCGAACCGAGGAUCUGGAUGAGGAUUAUGAUUUCCUUCCCGGCUACGUACCCGCUGAUGACAAAUCCUCCAAGAACCUGAUCGACUCUGCCACGGAUGCCAUCCUGAAUAUGGUGAACAACCUUGCGGUCAACGUGUUGGGGGGCAGUGCCACUCAGGACGGAAACGUGUCUGCGGAGGCUGCGAAUGUGACUGAUGAUUCCUCUGUGACAGAGACCCUGCUUAGCCUCCCCCCCACCUCCGUCCCAGAGAAUGAGACAGUGGAUCCGGACUUGCCGGAUCUUCCUGAGGAUCCAGGGCCCCCCGUGCCAGAAGAGAGUCCGAUUGUGGUCCUUGUGGAGGAUGAGGAGGACGAGGAAGAAUCUGACCGGGUAACUGUGACUGCAGUGGAGCCUGAUGACCAGGAGGGGGAGCCCUUGACCUCAGGGGGGCCUGAUCCCAGGCAGCUGGAGAGCAACGCCCUCUGCAAGGAGCUCUCUGGGAUCUCCUGCCGUGCCACCUUUCUGGAGUACCUCCGCCUGUGGUGCUCCGUCACUCUGGGCCGGCGACGUAGGCGUCAGGGUGACAUCCACACCCCACUGACUCAACAUCUGGACCACACCGUGCAGCCACUUCCUGAGGAAGAAGCCACCUCCACCCUUGAGGAGAUUCCCGGGCAGACGGAGGUCCCCCACAGCCCUACUCAUAUGGCCGAGACUCCAGCCCUGGAGCCCAGCCAGUCCCCGUCUCCUCUGCUACAAGGCUUCAUCACUACAACCGGGACCAUCGGCACAUCUUCGGUUGAGAUGCCUAUGUCCUCAAGCCAGGAGCUCCUGGAGAAGGGGACUAUGUCCUUGAGGGGAGGUGCUCAGGAGCAGCAGGAGAGCUGGACUCUUGACACCAGCAGUGAGGUCAGUGUCUCCAUCCGCAGCUUCUCAGAGGACCCCAGGGCUGACACUGAGCACCGAGGCACCACCACACCCACUCAAGUCCUCCCUCCUGAGACCCCCCUGGCCACGGAGGUGCCAGCUCCUCCAGGAGAUCCAGAGGGAGGCCAGGCUGUGCCUGGGGAGGCCCAGAAAGAGGCAGACUCUGCAGAGUCCCCGGAGCCGCCUCAGAUGCUCCCAGACAAACAGGAAGAGUCCCUGGAGGACCUCCUCAGUGUUACCUCCAGCAAUGGGCAGGUCCACCGGACCGCCACAGACUUUUAUGCUGAGCAGAACUUCUCCGAUCUGGCCAAUGGGAACCAUGUGCAUGGAUCCAACCAGAAGGAGUCUGUCUUCAUGAGGCUGAGCAACCGCAUUAAAGCCUUGGAGAUGAACAUGUCCCUCAGCGGACGCUACCUGGAGGAACUCAGCCAGAGGUAUAAGAAGCAGAUGGACGACAUGCAGAAAGCCUUCAACACCACCAUCAUCAAACUUCAGAAUACCUCAAAAAUGGCGGAGGAGCAGGACCACAAGCAGACCGAGUCCAUCCAGCUUCUGCAGGUCCAGGUGCACAACAUCAGCGAGCUGCUCUUCAACCUGUCAGCCACGGUGCACAGCCUGCAGAGAGAGGCCUCCAGCCGACAGACCUACCUGCUGCUCAGCCUGCUCCUCUGCAUCUCCCUUGGGGUGCUGCUCUGCAUCCAGUGCUGUAGAGUCAUUGCUCCUCCGUUCCCAGAGCCUGACAGCAACGGCAUCUACUGGAGCCCUAAGAGGUGUUUCUCCUCAUAUGAUGACAUGAGCCUGUUGCGGAAGGUCCCCCGUCCCCUGGUGAGGUCCCGGUCGCUCCAGUUUUCCCCAGUUCCAGCUGACACAGAGCCUCUCAAGCGCCCUCCUGAGCACAGAAAGAAGAAGCUCCACACCACAAAGGCAGAGGGGGUGGAGACACUGCGGCCAUUGGUCCCAGCCUCCGCGCUGCCCAAUGGGGCUGCGCACUACAGCAGACUUCCGCGCGGCUUAAUGCGCGCCCCGGGGGUAGUGGACCCGACCUCCGAGGGCUCCUCCGAGGGAUCCUCCCACUCUGAGGAGUCCUACUUCUGCGGAAUCUCGGCCUCAGCCUGCAGCCGCCUCUGCAGUGGGCAGCCUCCCAUCAGGGGCAAGCCCGAGAGGCGGGGCUACAGACGGAGGCGCUCUAGACUGGCCGACACCUUGGCCACACCUCCAGGCGCACAGAGGGGGGGCCUUGCUGGCUUCCGGGUGCCGGCCCUUUCGGGACCUGUUUGACAGACUUCACACUCCCCUGUCUGAGCUGCAGAGAUGUGACUGGACAGAAUGGGGAGCGUACCAAUACCAGGGGAGAAGAGGGGUGGACUGAGACGUCCACCUUCAACAAUCCCUCUUGCUUUAUGUGCCUUCUCCUUCAGACCUCCCCAUCUCUUUUCCCCUCCUCCCAGACCAACAGCCCAAUCGAAUCUGGGCUUUAACCCCAGAACGUUCUUCUCACUCGCCUGUCCCCUCUCUCAUUUUAAAAAUGAACACCAUCCACUGCACUUGACAACAAAUAACUUGUCAUAACCCCCCCCCAUGGUAUAAUACCCACCUCACAACAACAGGCUUGCAGUAGUUUUAUGACAUUGCUGGGAACUCCCCCCCCCCCCCCCCCCCCCCAAAAGAAAAAGAAAACUAGUUCCCCCACAACAUGCAGACUUGUGCAAACGCAGCAUUUUGAAUCCACCUCUAGUUGUGGUGCUCGAGCCUCUAACUCAGGGGUCUCCAAUCUUACCUGCAAAGGGUCAGUGUGUGUGCAGGUUUCUGGGAUAACCUGUAGGUCAGCUGUUCAAACCCAGGUGUGAGGAAUUUUCAGCCAGUAGGGAGUUGCAGUGAAACCCCACAUACACAGCGGCCCUUUCUGGAUAACAUUACCCACCCCUGCUCUAACUGCUAACUGACAUCCCCAUGCAGGGGCCUUUUUUUUUUUUGCUUCAAUGGCUCCCCCUUGUGUCAGAAGUUAGAAGCACCACAGGAAAAAUGCCGUUUACUGACAAAGUAUGCAAAUAUGAAGUAAAUUCUCUAAGAUGCAUGUAUAAAAAGGCAUUGAUUGCAGCCAGCUACGCUUAUCUCAGGACGACAUUGUACAUCUCAGUGGCUGCAUGAAGCAGUUCAGUAAUAAUGCAAAUCAUUACGUUUGUGUUUGUUGGGUGUCUAGUGGAACGGGUAUUUAACUGCAAAAAUGCUUAAUUUCAACCAGUUUCAUUUUUUCCCCUAAACCCAGCCUUUAAAUCCACUUUCCCAUGAAUCUUCCGCGAAUCACCUGUACAUCAGGCGCAAACUGAGCUGGAUCUCUGGUCUGUGCUUUACGGGGUUUGGAGUCCAUUCAGAUUUAUUUAUAUUUUAAAUCGUUUCUGUAAACUCUGACAUUCCAAGCAGAUCGAAUAACCUGCAGAAGUCGCUCAUUGCUGGAGAAUCUCUCUUUCCUUACCAUGGAUUUAUGACUGAACAUCCAGGUCGACACUGUAGUUUCCCCCAUUGUCAGUCUCUGUGCGGCUCAUUCCAGUCUGUCAUCUUCACAAAAAUUCCCCUGUCAUUCUA